AUGCGAUCAUGUGGCCAACAUCCUAAUUUUAUAACAUACCGUAUUUUGCUAGAUGGAUUGUGUAAGAACCAAUGUCUGUCUGAGGCAAUGACCUUGUUUCAAGACAUGGAAGAAAGUGGAUUGCAUCCUGAUAUUGUGGUUUACAGCAUCCUCAUUGAUGGUUUGUGCAAAGCUGGAUGCAUUAAAGAUGCAAGGGAACUCUUUUAUAGUCUUCCUUCCAAAAGGUUGCAACCUGAUGUUCACACAUAUAGUAUUAUGAUCAAUGGACUUUGUAAGGAAGGGCUGUUAACUGAAGCAAACAUGCUGCUCAAUAAAAUGGAAGAGAGUGGUUGCUCACCAAACAGUUGCACUUACAACAUAAUUGUGCAGGGAUUUCUUCGAAACAAUGAGACGUUAAGGACAAUGCAACUUCUUCAAGAAAUGGUUGAGAAGGGGUUCUCUGCCGAUUUAUCUACUGUGAGCCUUUUAUUGGAUUUAUCAAAUAAUAGUGGAUUAGAUCAGUCAGUUUUGGAGAUGUUCAAUAAGUUUAUUCACAAGGGUAAGGAAAUUGGUCGUGUAGUUGAGACUUGUUUGCUUGAUUGGGGUGUAGACAAAUUGUGUACACUCACGAUUGAUAAUGCUAGUUCAAAUGAUCUUGCGGUUGCAUAUUUGAAAGAAAAAAAGCUUGCUAGGAAUGUUGGCUCUUUCCUUUUAGGUGGUGAAUGCUUUCAUAUGAGGUGUUGUGCACAUAUAUGGAAUUUGAUUAUGAUAGAUGGUUUGAGUGAUGUAAAUGGUUCAAUAGUUCGAAUUCAUGAGGCUGUGAACAUUGAAAAAGUGAACAUGUUGGUGGUGCUUACGGUUGUGUCGGAUCCUCGUUAUAAAUUGGAAUUUGUGGAAUUUUGCUAUUCCCAACUUUAUUCUCUUGAAAUGGUUGAAAACCUUAUGAAGAAGGUAAUGGAUACAUUCAACAACAUUUUUAGUGAAUAUGCAAAGUUUCAUGCAUUUACUUCAAGCUCUAGUGGAACAAGUAAUAUUGCAAAUGAGGUGGGAGUUGAUGAUGGAAAUGUAGAAGAUGAUUUUUCCUCUUUGUACAUAAAGCGCAAGAUACAAAAAGAAAGUUUUACUCCCAAGUCGAAAGUGGAAAACUAUUUGGAGGAAGCUUGUGAAGAUGUUGUUCCAGAAUUUGACAUCUUGAAUUGGUGGAAGGUGAACGGAAGUAUGUAUAAAAUACUUUUUGAAAUUGCAAGAGAUAUUCUAGCUGUUCCAGUCUCUACUGUUGCUUCGGAGUCUGCUUUUAGCACUGGAGGUCGUGUGCUUGAUCAAUUCCGUAGUUCUUUAACUCCAAAGCUUGUGGAAUGUUUAAUUUGUACACAAGAUUGGUUACGAGCUUCACCAAUACCAAUUGAUGUUGAAGAAAAGUUGGACGAACUUGAACAAUACGACUCUGUAAAAGAAGUGUUAUUGCCUCUUCAAAGUGUAGAUAUGGUGGUGCUCUCUUCUCUUCAUAAAGGUAUCCGUAAGUCUGCAACUUCUCUUAAGCAUUGUGUUAAUUUCUUAAUUGAUUAUCCAUUUGCUUGCAACAAUUUAAGGGCUUCGUUUCAUUCCCAAACUGGUAGUCAAACCCGAUUUAUGCAGACUGUCAGAAAUCAAUACAGAUUUGAGUUCACAAACCUUAGUGAUGCACUGGCAAUGUUUGAUGAAAUGUCUCAAAUGCAACCUCUUCCUUCAAUUGUGCAUUUUACUAAAUUGUUGGGGGCCAUUGUGAGAAUGAAACAUUACACCACUGCUAUUUCUUUGCUUAAGCAAUUGGAGUCCUCUGGAAUAGCUGAGCCAGACGCUUAUACUCUAGCCAUCUUGCUCAAUUGUUACUGCCACUUGAAUCGGGUCGAUUUGGGUUUCUCUGUUCUGGGGAGAACUAUGAAGCUUGGUUAUGAAGUGAACAGUGUGAUGGUCAACACUUUGAUGAGGGGGCUCUGUACGGGGGAUAAACUAGGUCAGGCAGUAAAGUUGUUUAAUGACAUGGGGGCAAAAGGAUUUCGACCUAAUACAGUUACUUGUGCAACGAUUAUAAAUGGGUUGUGCAAAACAGGGAACACCACCGCAGCUAUUGAGCUGGUUAAGAAUAUGGAAGAGAGAAAUUGGGAAACCGAUGUCAUUGUCUAUAACAUGAUCAUUGACAGUCUUUGUAAGGACAGGUUGGUAGCUGAGGCCUUUGACUUCUUUUCGAAAAUGAUCCAUAAAGGCAUUUCGCCAAAUGUUAUUACUUACAACUCGUUAAUCCAUGGCCUAUGCAAUUCAAACCAGUGGAAAGAGGCUACCAAAUUGUUGAAUGAAAUGGUGAAUAAAAAAAUCAAACCGAAUGUAGUAACCUUCAAUAUAUUGGUGGAUGCAAUUUGUAAGGAAGGGAAGGUUGCAGAAGCAGUUGAAAUAGUUGAAGGGAUGAUUCAAAGAGGUGAGGAACCUAAUAUAGUCACUUACAAUUCAUUGAUGGACGGAUAUUGUUUGCAAAGCAAAAUUCAUGAGGCAAAGAAGAUAUUUGAUUUGAUGGUUGGUAGGGGUUGUGCUCCUGAUAUUCAAAGCUAUAACAUCUUGAUUAAUGGAUAUUGUAAGAAGCAAAGAAUGGAUGACGUUCUAAGACUUUUUCAUGAAAUUUCCCGGAUGGGAUUGGUUCCUAAUACUGUUACUUACAACACUCUUAUAGAUGGUUUUUGCCGUGCAGGAAAACCUUUAGUUGCGCAACAACUUCUAAAUGAGAUGCAAACCCGUGACCAACAUCCUAAUUUUAUAACAUACGGUACUUUGUUAGAUGGAUUGUGUAAGAACCAAUGUCUGGCUGAGGCAAUGACCUUGUUUCAAGACAUGGAAGAAAGUGGACUGCAUCCUAAUAUUGUGGUUUACAACAUCCUCAUUAAUGGUAUGUGCAGAGCUGGGAACAUUAAAUCUGCAAGGGAACUCUUUUAUAGUCUUCCUUCCAAAAGGUUGCAACCUAAUAUUCGCACAUAUAGUAUUAUGAUCAAUGGACUUUGUAAGGAAGGGUUGUUAACCGAAGCAAACAUGUUGUUUAAGAAAAUGGAAGAGAGUGGAUGCUCACCAGAUGGUUGCAGUUACAAUAUAAUUGUGCAGGGAUUUCUUCGAAACAAUGAGACAUCAAUGGCAAUGCAACUUCUUGAAGAAAUGGUUGAGAAGGGGUUCUCUGCUGAUUCAGGUACUGUGAGCCUUUUGUUGGACUUAUCAAAUAAUAGUGGAUUGGAUCAGUCACUUUUGGAGAUGCUCAAUAAGUUUCCGUGAUCUCUAUUGGGUUCUCUUAUAUUUGUUGGCCAAUAGGUGGAAGAUUCAUAUUUGUUGGCCUUGCAGUGUGCUAUAUGUAUGUCUUAUUUAUGUUUGCGUCAGUGUGUCCAUGAGAAGUACAAAGGAGAGAACCUAAGUUGGGUGAUGUUGGGGAACUUAAGAAGAAUGCCGGAGGGAUUUGUAUGGGAAUGGUGUUUCAAUGAUCCCAAAGAGAUUCGAGUUUCCAAGCUCUGAAAUUUACGAAACAGUGUGUGCUUAACAUCUCUGCCUUUGUCUGUCAUGAUGUUUCAAGAAUGGCACCACAUCAACUUCAUUUUCCUUUCUUGUUUACACUUUGUACAGUGAGUGUAUGCUGUCCCUACUUUUCCUCUUAAUUGCUUAAUGUUAAUGAUCUGGGUUGUGAGUUUCUGGAAGAGAUGAUGCCUCCUUUGGUCUGUAAGGUCAUUAUUGACAAAAUUUUAUGCCAAAACAAUUGACUACCUUAUAUGGACUCUAGGAUAGAAUAUUGAUAUUAAUUAGAGGUUUGAACACACACACACACGCACACAAAAUUAUAUGGGUAAAUUCUCUGUUUUGGAAU